GGAAUGUUAGUCGAGCGCAGAUCGCGCGCAGUUUAGAUGGACUAUGGCUCUCUCCAGAGGUUUGAGAUGCUGUCAAAGGGUUUUCUCCUGGAUUCCUGUACUUAUUAUCACCUCGGUUGUAUUGUGGUCAUACUACGCCUACGUGUUUGAGCUAUGUCUUUUUACACUUACCAACACAUUAGAAAAAGUGGUAUAUCUACUGGUAUUUCAUGUUUGCUUCGGGAUGUUCUCCUGGACCUACUGGAAGUCCAUCUUCACCUCUCCUUCGUCACCAUGCAAAAAGUUUCAGCUGUCAUACUCUGACAAGCAAAGAUAUGAACUGGAAGAGAGGCCAGAUGCACAGAAACAAAUCCUGGUUGAGAUUGCAAAGAAACUGCCCAUCCACACCCGAGCUCAAUCUGGAGCUAUCAGGUUUUGCGACCGCUGCCAGGUACUGAAGCCUGACCGCUGUCACCACUGCUCGGUUUGUGAAACAUGUGUCUUGAAAAUGGAUCAUCACUGUCCCUGGGUCAACAAUUGUGUGGGCUUCGCCAACUACAAGUUCUUCCUGCUUUUCCUGUCCUACUCCAUGCUUUACUGUGUAUACAUUGCAGCCACAGUCUUUCAGUAUUUCCUCAAAUUCUGGGUGGGGGACCUGCCAAAUGGGUCUGCGAAGUUCCAUGUCCUCUUCCUCAUGUUUGUGGCGCUCAUGUUCUUCGUCAGUCUCAUGUUUCUCUUUAGCUAUCACUGUUGGUUGGUUGCCAAGAACAGAUCCACUCUAGAAGCCUUCUCAGCUCCAGUUUUUGUAGGUGGACCAGACAAAAAUGGUUUCAAUGUGGGCUUACGUAAAAACCUUGAGCAGGUAUUUGGAGUGGAUCGGAGACUAUGGGUCAUUCCUAUAUUCACAAGCCAGGGGAAUGGCCACUGCUUCCCCUUGAAGAAUCAGACAUCUGAGUCACGGAGCCCCUUAUUAGCUAAUGAAAACACGUGGGAAGAGUCAGACAAUAGCUCAGAGGAAGGAAGCUUGGUUGAGGACCAAGACCUGUCUGUUACCAUAGAGAUGGAGGAAUGAUAAUUUCUAUAAGAACAAUUUACACUGAUCCAGAGGAUGUACAUUAAUAUCGCACACCAUGUGAGGUGAAUGCAUUCCAUAUCAUACGGACGGCAAAAUCUGAAGGCCAACGUGUGAAUGAAAUCCUGCAUCUGGAUCAACCAUUGGCACAUUGACAAUGGUGUUCUACAUGGUCAAGAAUAUAACACAGCCUGAAGCAGCUUCGCCUUUCCUCUCAUUGAUGGAUUAACAUUAUCAGUUUGAUUUAUAGACAUUUGACCUCAGUAAAAAAGGCAUCUUACCUCUGGCUGUUCUUUUCAAGGCAGAGGCCUCUUUGAGAUUAUAAAUUCCUGGUGAUUGGAAAACCUCUGUCUGUCACUGUGCUUUCUUUUAAAUCCAUCUGCUUCAGUGUUGAGUUGAGUAUCUGAACGGACCUCACACCCAUCCUGCUCCAGAGGGCUUUAGUAGUGAUUUCACUACUUGGUCUCUGCCUGUUCGGGUUUUGCAGCACAUUAACAAGUUUGAUUUUAUUCCGUCAUGUAUAAACAUAUUACAGAACCUAAUUUAACCUGCGCCUUAUUGACAUAUCUAUUCCUCUUAACUCCUGUAUUUUAUGGGAGUUCAUUUCUGAAUGUAUUCUGCCUGUGAGUACUUUUAAAUGUACUUGUCACAUAUUCAUCCUAAAUAUUGAUUCAAUGCCAUUGGCAAUGUCAGAUCAGCCUAGUGAAGUAAAAAAGGAUUCAAGGCAAAUGUAUUUUAAUGCUGGCAUAUUAAUGGCAGCAUUAAGCAUUAAGCAUAAUUCUGUCAGUAAUAAAAUAAUUAUCAUAACCUUGUUUUCGACCAUAUAAACCAUCAUUAGUAGGAUGACACUUCUGUGUGGAGAAAGCAAAGCGAGCUAUUAUAUUAGGCACAACAUCACACACAGGUUCUUCCUUGUCUGAUUCUUGAUCUUUGUAAACAUGCAGUUAACUGUACAUGUAUCGAUAUGUAUAAUGUCUGAACCUCAUCCACUGGUUGGUAAAGGUCAGUAGUCUUCUGCAAUAUGAUGUUCUGAUUUUUUUCUACAUGUAUGUAUUUUGAAUUUUUUUAAUACUAAUGAAACAGUCUGCUAUUGAGAUUUAUGGACUUCUGUCCCUUACAGUAUGUAUCUAAACAGUGUAAUCAGUUGAAAACCACUGAUGAGUGAACCCACUAAUCCAGUAUGAGGAAAACGCUGGGCCUUUAUCAAUCCUUGCGUGGGUUGACAUUGAAAUCUUAACUGCGUCAUCAAAACAGUUUUUCUACCCUGUUGGUUCAGCCAAAUAAAGUGUUGCUUGUGUCUGAGAAAAGUAAUUUGCAGAUUCAAACUCUUUUUUUUAUUCUGAUGUAUGAUUCAGUGUUUGAAAUCAUUAGGAAAGAUGUGGAUGUUGAGUGUGUCAUGUAGUCGUGUCUAUUUAUUGUCAUUUUUACUGCUGCAGGCGGUGUCUGUAUACGUUGCUACUGUCAGUGACUUAAAACAAUAAAGCGAUGUGCUUUUAUGAAGUAGGAUAUUUAUGAGUGACAAAUGACGUUAUACUCGGCAGUUAAACGUUGCUAGAGCACAUAUGGUCCCUACUGAAUCAUUGACGUGAGGUACAUGAAUGUGGAGCUUUCCCUUUUAAAACACCUGUAGAAAAAAAGAGGGAGAUUUGCUGUUCUGUCUGUUUACAAAUAUAAAGUCUUUAUUGAUCCAUCAGUUGAUGUAACAUGCGAAAUAAAAUGAUCCAACCUGAA